UAUUCGGAUUUGCUAAUGCUAAUGUUGUUGUCGUUGUUGUGUCGAAGAGCGAGACAUACGCGAAUUCUACAAGAACAAACCUGAUUUUUCCACAUAAAUAAGGGCAGAAAUGGGGAAGAAGCACAAGAAACACCGAGCAGAGUGGAGGAAGGUUGAAGGAGACUAUGAGGACAAAGCCCUUGAUAAGCCCCUGAAGCUGGUGCUCAAGGUGGGCGGCAGUGAAGUGACCGAGCUCUCCGGAUCCGGACACGACUCCAGUUACUAUGACGACCGCUCUGACCACGAGUGGGAGAGGCACAAAGAGAAGAAAAAGAAGAAGAAGAAGAAAUCUGAGAAAGAGAAAUACGUAGAUGAUGAGGAGAGGAGGAGGAGGAAGGAGGAGAAAAAGAAAAAACGUGAGAGAGAGCAGUCAGAAAGUGCUGGCAGUGCACCGGUGGAGCCCUUCACCCUGCCGAAGCCCGUGGAGGUGCUUCCAGAGGAGAAGAAGCGGAAGCGGGACAAGUUUGAGUCGGAAUCAGAAGCAGAUGAGUUUGUCCCUGUAGUGAAAGUAGAAGUGGAGCAGCCGGCAGAUCGACCCGUACGAGCCUGUCGAACUCAACAAGAAAACGAAUGCACCCCUCGCCAGCAGCUCUUGGAGCAUUUCUUGCGUCUGCUUCAGAGGAAAGAUCCACACGGAUUCUUCGCCUUCCCGGUGACAGACGCCAUUGCUCCAGGAUACUCCAUGAUAAUCAAACAUCCCAUGGACUUCAGCACAAUGAAGGACAAAAUCGAUGCAAACGAAUACAAAACUAUCACAGAAUUCAAGGCAGACUUCAAGCUGAUGUGUGACAACGCCAUGGUUUAUAACCGGCCCGAGACGGUUUACUACAAAGCCGCUAAGAAACUCCUCCACACCGGAUUCAAAAUGAUGAGCAAAGCUGCCAUUCUGGGAGAUGACCACAUCACGCCCGAGGAACCGGUGACGGAGAUCCUGCCCAUCCAUACGGAGUACCCCAAAAAGUCCAAGAAGCAGCCUGUGAAGGAGCCUAUCAUCAGUGAUCUGUAUGAGCUGGAGGGCAACGCCUGCAGUUCGACGGACAGCACGGCGGAGGAGCAUGUGUUGGCGCUGGUGGAGCACGCGGCGGAUGAAGCACGGGACCGACUCAACCGCUUCAUGCCAAACUCUAAGAUUGGGUAUCUUAAAAAGGACUCUGAAGGUUCCCUCUUCUACACUGUUGUUAAUCAAGAUCCUGAAGCAGAAGAAGAAGAGACUCAUCCUAUAGAUUUGAGCACUUUGGCAAAUAAGCUCAUACCUGGAUUGACGUCGCUGGGUUUUAAAGACGACAGGAGGCACAAAGUGACGUUCUUGAGCAGCGCGUACAACACUCAGACCCUUCAGAACAACUCGGUCUAUCCCGACCUGCUUCCAGAGGAGAUGGACAUGCUGUGCUCGGCUUACGGAGACGAGACCGGGGUCCAGUGUGCUCUCAGUCUGCAGGAGUUUGUCAAAGGUUGUGGGAGUUUUACCAGAAGGCUUGUGGAUGGUUUGCUGGAUAAAAUGACGGCCGGUGAUCAUUCGAAAGCCAUCAUCCAAAUCCGACAGAAAAGAAACUUGCCGAUUGAUGACACUAAAUCUAGUUUAUGUGACAUGCCGGGAGCAGAUGGAAGUGGCUUGGAAUCUGGUUCAGUGCUGGAUUUCAUGUCCAUGAAGAGCUACCCAGACAAUCCUCUAGAUAUGCUCAACACAUUAGGUAAAUGUGUGAAGAAGGAGCCGGAGCAUGAAGACGGUCACCAGCACUUUGAGGAAGCAGCUAAACUCCUGCAGGAGUUCCAGGACGCAGCGCUGGACCGAAUCGGAUCCCGACCCUCCUCCAAUCUCUCGUCCCUCUCAAACACUUCAGACCGGGAUCAGCACCAUUUAGGAAGUUCACCUCAUCUCGGAGAUCAGACCGAGAUGGUUCAGGACCCGUAUGAGUUUCUUCAGUCUCCAGAGUCUGGAUCCACCGCUAACAGCUGAUGAGACUCUCAGACCCACACGCUGUAAUUAUGUGCUCUUCUAGAGGACUGUAAGCUUGUACAGAUUCACUGCAUCACGUGCUUGUUUUUUAAUAAAAGCUCUGUGUCUUGAU